AUGGUAACAGUCAUCCCCGUGGAGAAGGGUUCUGGCUCAAUCCCGGAGGCCAGUUUAACUGUUGCCCUUGUUGCGGGAUUGGUUUUUGAGAGCAACCAGCAGGACUCUAAAUCACCAGCUCUUUCUAAAAGCAAACGUCCCUGCAACUAUCCCACCAACACUCGAUGCUGGACAGACUGGUUUGACAGAGAUGACCCAGGUGGACGUGGAGACUUCGAAGUUCUCAACCAUCUUCGCAGUGAGAACCCAGGAAAGAUCUGCGCUAACCCAGUAGAUAUUGAGGUCACAACUCUAUCCGGGCUCAGUGCGACUUCAACAGGGGAUGUGUUUCAUAAAAUGGACACAACUACAGGAUUCAUCUGCAGAAAGACAGACCAGUCCUCGAAGAAAUGCAAUGAUUAUCGUGUUCGUUUCAGCUGCCAUCCCCCUUUCUGUGGCGGAGGAGUGUGCUGGACCAAGUGGUAUGACCGUGACGACCCCAGUGGAACCGGGGACUGGGAGCUUUUGAAGAACCUGAGGAAAGAAAACCCAGAUGAAAUCUGUGAUAACCCUCUGUUCAUCGAAGCUGUCACCACUGACACACUGACCCCAGCCGUCGACACAGGGGAGACCUUCAAUGUCUUCAGUCCAACUAAAGGAUUUGUGUGCCUUAAAAAGGACCAGAGCGAUGGCACCUGCCGUGACUACAAAGUUCGGUUUGGAUGCCCAUGCAGUGUUAAAAAUCCAGAAGAAUGCUGAGAGGAAUGGGGAGAGAAGACGUUCCAAUUCUUAUCACUUUCAUUUUUUUCUGAUGUUUCUUUUCUUCUAUUCUUCUGUUACUGUUCCUGAUUGAAGAAAUAUGUAGAACUAGGUUUGUUUUCAUUUUUACUUGUCAUAGUUGGAAAAGCACUCGUGUUACUAAUAGCGUUAACGACGGCUCUGAUCCAUUCAAGUCGCCCAAUGUGACGGUGAGCCAGCAUGAAUGACACCAGGACCCUGAAACUAAAUCAGCUACAUGGAGUUCAACGUUAAUUCUAUUAUUUACAUCUAUCCUUUUCCUACCAUGAAAUGUCAAAUUAUCUUUGGUGGAAAAAUGGCUUAUUAGGUGGUUUAUCAGUUGAUCUUUUCUUUAUAGUUAUUAUGAAAUCAUUAUCUUGUAUGACGACUGUAGAAAACAAAUCACCAGCAUUAAAAAUACUGAAAAACAGCAAAUCUCUUUUCUGAUUAAGUUUCCACUCUACACAGCUUAUUAGGACGGCACUAAUGGGCUCACAGGCUUACAUGAAGUUGUGAUUUGGUGUGAGUAAUGCAGACAUAUGUGUUCUCAACAGAUGGUGGGAAAUGAUACGAUAUACAGACAGUAGGAGGUGCUGGAUAGCAGUGCUGUUUAACAGCAAUGUGGGAAAUGUGGAAAAGUCAGUGAAUCUAA